AUGAUAAACCAAAAAGCCUCUCUCCCCAUGAACCCAUUUGCAGAUAUUGAUGUAGUGUGUUUCACCCAACUGCUCGACUUCUUCAGGAAAUCAAACACUCUUCUAGAGCAAAUGUGCUCACUGGCUCUUGAGACAAUCAAUGUCAACUAUCCUUCAGAACAAUGGUUCAAAGUCUUCACUGACGGGUCAUGCAUAGAAAGCCAAGCAAACGUUGGUGCAGGUGUAUCUUCUAAACUCUUUUCUUUCUACGCAGCAGUGGGACAUAAAAGAUCAGCUUUUAACGUUGAAAUAGAGGCUAUUAGGAUAGCUUUAUGUCAAUUAUGCUACCAGGAUACGAAAUUCACCAACGCGGUGAUACUUUCGGAUUCACAGUCAGCAAUAGACUCUAUUGGUGAUACUUUUGGACUCAUGUCAGCAAUAAACUCUAUUGGAAACAGAGAGACACCCAAAGAGCUGCAAUAG